AUGCAGAAUCUCCUGAAAUCGAAAUCCCGCAGUCUCUUCCUCAAUUGUAAAUCCUCUGUAGUUAAGCAGGCUCUUGUCUCUUUAGAUUCAUGCAAAACCAUGAGAGAAUUCAAGCAAUUACAGGCCCAUACAAUCACCAAUGGCCUUCAAAACCAUCCCCUUUUAUCAACCCACCUCGUAAAAUUUCUCGCUACCUCAGAUUCGGGCUGUUUAAGCUAUGCUUUAAUGGUCUUCAGGCAAUUGAACUCACCUGAAUUGAGAGCCUACAAUACCAUUAUCAAAGCUCUCUCAUUAAGCUCAGACCCAAUUCAAGCUAUCUCAUUUUAUCAUGAGAUGGUGCUGAAAGGGGUUCACCCAAAUAACUUCACCUUCCCUCCAUUGGUAGCUUCCUGUGCGAAAGUCACCGCUAUUAAUGAAGGUGAGAAGUGCCAUACUGAAGUUGUCAAGCGAGGUUUUGAUCAAGUAAUCUUUGUGGCCAAUUCUCUUGUUCAUAUGUAUGCUUGUUUUAAGCUCAUAAGUUAUGCGCGGCAAGUUUUUUAUGAAAUGGUGGAGAGAGAUUUCGUUUCUUGGAACUCCAUGAUUAAUGGGCAUAUUUUGUUGGGCGAUAUAAUGAAUGCGCGAAAAUUGUUUGAUGAGAUGCCUGAGAGAAACCAAAUUUCGUGGAAUGUUAUGAUCGGUGGUUAUGCUCGAAGUGGGUCUCCAGGCCAUGGUUUGAAGCUCUUUAGAGAAAUGCAAAAGAAGGGAAUUAAGGGCACAAUUACUACUAUGGUCAGUAUUUUGAAUGCAUGUGCUAAGUCGGCGAGGCUUUUAGAGGGGCGAUCAGUGCAUUGUUACAUAAUUCGUAGCAGCUCAAUGGAUUCAGGAGUGAUUCUUGAAACUGCUCUGGUUGACAUGUAUUGUAAAUGUGGAAAGCUGGAUUCGGCUAAAAGAGUUUUCUAUGAAAUGCCUGAGAGAAACUUGGUUUCAUGGAAUGCUAUGAUCUUUGGGCAAGCAAUUUGUGGCGACUAUAAAGAGGCCUUGGCAUUAUUUGAUUCCAUGGAGCUUCAUUCUAUUGAGCCUGAUGAGGUAAGCUAUGUGGGUGUGUUGUGUGCAUGUGCUAGAGGGGUUGCACUGUUAGAGGGAAGGCGAUACUUUGAUCAAAUGAAUAGAAUUCAUGGGAUAAAGCCUAGUUUUGCGCAUUAUUGGUGUAUGGCCAAUCUUUAUAGAAAUGCAGAUUUAGUUAUGGAGGGGGAGGAGCUCAUCAAGAGCAUGCCUUCUACUAGCCCAGAGUCUUCGGUAUGGGGAAACUUGUUAUUGUUCUCUAGGUUUACUGCAGAUCUUAGCUUAGGUGAACAAAUAGCUAGGCGUCUAGUUGAAUUGGAGCCAUACAACGGGGCCCGAUACAUGUUAUUAUGGAACUUGUAUGCAGUUUCCGGGAAAUGGGAGGAGGUUGCGAAGGUGCGGGAGAUGAUGGAGGAGAGGGGGUUGAGAAGAAUGCCAGGAUGUAGCUUAGUGGAUUUGAAUGGCAUUGUUCAUGAGUUUGAGGCUGGUGAUAAAUCACAACCCGAAAUGGAGAGGGUAUAUGCUAUAAUGGAUGAAGUGGCCAGGUGUUUUAAAUUGGCACAAGAUUCACCAGAGUCCGCGGAGAUGUGA